AUGUCGCAGAGCGACGAAGCCCUUGGCCGCAGCUACCGAGCCUGGGCUCUGGAGCCCCGCUGCGCAGUGGACGCGCUGCCGCAGCGAGACACCAACUCUGCGCAACCAGAGGAGAAAGCCCCGCAGCAGCUGAGGCCCAGCGCGGCCAACAAUAAACCAGCAAGCAGGAAUCCCCGACGCCUGGAGGGGAGCAAACUUCAAAAUCACCUGCGGAUCAAAGAAGUCUCCAGGGAAACUGGAAAACAGUUUUGA